AUGGAUGCGGAUGAUACCGAAAAGUCAAAGACAUUGUUCAUAUUGGAUAUCCUUGCGUUGCAGCUUUUUGCCAUUACCCAUAAGCACAGCUAUGAAAAAAAUGCACUUGCCCACAAGAAACUCGUCAGCGAUCUAGUGGAGAAUCAUGACUCGAUACGGUCCAUAGUGAAGCGACGCCAUUCGGAUACAACCCACCAUCUUUGCGUCAAUAGCUCACCAAUUAUUGCCACUAGCUUGGAAAAUCUGUUUGCUAUGUCUCCUUAUACCGACAUCCUGCGGCAACGCGCGUUUGUAGAACUGACUCCAGAUAUCUGCGCCCUUCUCAACAAGGGUUGGGAUUUCUUUCCUCAAAUCAACUAUGCUACUGCAAAGCUCUUCUCUGGUUGUAUCUUGAGAAAUACGAUCAACGGGCAUUCGAUCUUGGUCAACACUGUCGAGGUCUAUGGUCGCACCAAGAAUGACGACAUUCACAGAGAAUCGUUUGGUAAAGUGAAGGAUGGUGUCGUGGCCACGUCACUCCCUCAUACCACAUUCAAGACAGUGUACCCUGGAGUUUGGCCCGCAACGUUACAAAAGUUUGAUGGCAUGAAGUUGAUAAUCCGCACCCGAACGUCAGAUGUGCUUGUGACAUCUACUAUCCGUCUAGCAACCAAAGAAAACCCUGUCGUUGGCUCCAUGAACUUGGGAUUCCGGUUGACGGCCGUCAGACUUAAUGGCAACCGAAAUUUUCAUCAAGAAUGCCUUGACGCAACCAUUGCCAUGACCACCAACACUGAUACCGACCGCAUGUCAGACACCAACAUUUUAUAUCAGCUACGACAGCUGCGGUCCAAGUUUGACCGCCCUAGCGCUUAUGUGCCGUGCCUCUGUAUUAAAACAUGGCCAAGCAGCGAUGCUUCCAAAAUCAAGUGUCAAAACUGCUAUAUGCAGAAAUCCACGGGCAAAACUCAAGCAAUCCUUGAAGCGAUAUUGUCUUGGUAUCCCCCUGAUGAUGACUCAUCAAUCAAAUUUCUCACAAAUAGCGACUUGAAUAAGCUAUUGCAACGUCUUGCGGAGCUUUUCAUGCCUGCUAUUGUGUCAGCGAAUGCUACUGUUCAAAAACAAAUCGCCAAAGUUCUUGAAGUGUGA